AGUCUGGUCAGUGUUGGUUGUUUUGAACUGAAGGCUGUUGUGUUUGGAGGGCAGCACUGUGGAAGGGCUGGUCACAGGAGACAGACGCAGGAAUUCCAGGUCACAAGGGCUCCUGUGGCAGAGCUCAGUCUUGGCUGGGCUGAUAUUCCCAACUCUCCCUCUCACGAUCAUGAAAGAAGAAAAGAAGGAAUAAACACUUAAAGGAGAAGAGUGUGUUAAGGAGUUAAGGUUUGGCCUGACCUCAGUUAUAAUGGGAUCCUCCUUUGAGCUUGCUUGUUGGUUGCUGGUAGCUGCUUCUUUUGGCCAGAACCACCUGGUGAAUGGGGGGUGCUCAGGAAGGUGCUGCCGGGGCAGAGACUUGAGCUGUUCAACCACUGACUGGAGGAUGGACCGUGUGUAUAGGACAUGCUUCUGUGAUGAGAGCUGCAUCAAAACCAAGGACUGUUGCUUUGACUACUUUUCAGAGUGCCCAGCUCAGGACUGUGCUGUGAGUGACUGGAGCUCUUGGAGUGGCUGUGCCAAGCCCUGCCAGCCUUCAGUGAGAGUGCGUCUCCGUCAUAUUGAGCAGCAGCCGAGUUACAGCGGUGAGCCCUGCCCUAGCCUAGAAGAGAGAGCUGGCUGCAGGGAGUACAGAGACCACCAAAGCCACCACUGUGGACGCAACUCAGGUCCUGCAUUCAUCACCAGCAUGGAGUUUGGCAAGGGAAGGCUAAAGCAUGACAACUAUGGAAACCCCCUGGACCCUGGGUUCUGCGUGGAAUUCAAACUGGAGUCCCGGACACCACACUGCACAGUGGCGAACCAGCCACACACACACUGGAUGCGCUACAUAACAGAGGGCUUUAAAGUGUGUGUGGCAUGUGAGCCUCCUGCCUUGCGAAAUAAUAGCGGCAGCUGCCAAGGAGAUGGCCAGGAAUCAGACAAAGAAGCUGUGCUCCACUGGCAGGCAGUCGGGAACCCUCGAUGCAGCGGGACAUGGAUGAAGGUCCAGAAAAUGCAGCAGUGCACCUGUCCACCUCAACACAGCUUCAUCUUUGUAUGAUCCAUAGACACUCCAUCCUGCAGCUUUGUAAAAAGCACCUGAAACCAGUUCAGAUGUGCAGACCAGAUCCUGUCACCCCACAGGAUUUCAUCACUAAGAGACUUGAAACUAUAAUGAUAGUUGACUUGAAUAUAAUGUGCUGCAGUAUAACCCAAACUCUACUCACAAUACUUCAGAUACAAAAGGCAUCAAUACAGUUGAAUUUGCUUUUAUUUGAACAAAAUACAGUUGUAUUAAUUCCAUAAUAUUCUUUAAAACUUAAAUUCAAUAAAAAAAAAAAAGAAAACAUUAAAAUGCUCUCCUAUAUAGCUACUGAAAUAAUCAAAUAUUGUGAAGAGCGCCCUCUGCUGGUAUGCUUAAAAA